AUGACUGAAAAAAACAAAUACAAAAAGCUAAAAGAUGCUGAUUCAGCUGACGUUCCUCGCUUGGGCACUCUUGCAACGUUUGACGGUGAACUGCCACGGUACAAUGAAAUCUUGAAUUCUCAUCUAGACGACUUGGAAAAAGGUCAUGCACCUCCGUACUCAGAAAACAGACAUCAAGAAGCGUCUACCAACAUGGCACAAGGAAGCGGAUUCUUUAUUCUUUUACGAAAUGUCUUGACGGCAUUAUUGUGGUUGAUUCUCUGGCCGGCAAAAAUUGUGAGAAUCCCCGAAGCAAAGCGGAGACAGGAGAAUGAACUUCUUCGGCUUGGUUGGUGCUUUAUUGGUUCAAUCGUAUUGGACUUUUGGUUUUCUUACAAAUACCUUGUCCCCUUUAUAAAGGAAUCGAUAAAAGAAUCUGUAGGGGUAAACUUUCAAGCUACUGUAGCAGUUGUUUUUUUCGUCGUGGCUUUCUAUAUGUUCUUAUUUGUUUUUUCACUGUUGGUGGAUAUAAUCGUUAUAUUGAUUCCUCUAGUUUUUACUUGGAUUUCCUCGAUUUUUUCUGGGAUUUUUUCUGUGAUUACUAGUGCUCUAGGCUUCAGGAUGUCAUCGGAUAGAAACGACUUGACGGAUGAUAAUAGUAUCCCAUUAAACAGCUUGCCACCAGAGCCUGAAAACCAGUUCAACGAUCGUAGUGAUGAUACUUUUAAACAACCGUCCUCUGAACAUACCUCUGAACAUACUGAGCAAUCUCCAGGGUUACGCCAGGAACCGGGUCAGUCUAGGGAUGUUGAAAGCGGUGGGAAUUGA